AUGAGAAAUCUAACCGAUCCAUCCAUGACUUCUCCAACCCAUUCUGAGUCUCAAGAUCAAAGCUUUCUCCCCCGAAAUCCUGUCUCGGAAGAAACCCUCAACCCCAUUCCCUUUGUGUCCCUCAAAAGUCUGGACUUUUCGAAUCACAAGAGCUUUCGAGUAGGCAUGGGGUGUGCUUUGAAGCUCCCGGUGAGAAAGAACAGCAUCGAUUGUAAUGUGUUUGAAUUCAUAAUUGGCAUUUCUUUCGUUGCAAAACUUUUGGAGAUUGACGCAAUGCAGCGGCCAAAUUCUACGCUUGAAGAUUUUAUUUUGGUUAAUUUUGGCCCCCAAGGGACACCAUAUGAAGGCGGUAUAUAUUUCCUCGACAUAACAUUUCCCAGUGAUUAUCCAUUUAAACCUCCAAAGGUUGUGUUUAAAACCCGAAUCUACCACUUCAAUGUUGAUUCUUCGGGUAACCUUAGAUUGGAGAUCUUGAAUGAUGGUUGGAUUCCAGCUCUAACAAUUACAAAGGUGUUGCUUGAAAUUAAAAAACUUUUCACCCAUGCUGACCCUUGUAAUAAACCUCUCGUUCCCGGCAUUGCACAGCUAUACUUGGCAGACAGAGCUAAGCACGAUCAAAUCGCUGCGCAAUGGACAUUGCGAUUUGCAAAGUGAAUCUGACACAAGAGCUAGAGCUCUUUGUGUGUAGCAUGCAUUCAACAAUUUUGUAUAUAUACAAUUUGAGGAUAUGAACUUUACAGUGUAAGUGUCACAUUUCCAGCUUAUAACCGAAGCUUUACUGUGUUCUUUAAGCAAUAGCAAUCACAAGGGAAAAGCACUUCUUGUA